AUGACUGCAAUGACUGUAUUUUUUCCUUUGGAUACUGCUAGGCUUAGACUUCAGGUUGAUGAGAAGCGGAAGUCUAAGACAACACCAGCAGUCCUACUGGAAAUAAUCAAAGAAGAAGGCUUGUUGGCACCAUAUCGGGGAUGGUUCCCUGUUAUCUCCAGCCUUUGUUGCUCCAAUUUCGUUUAUUUUUAUACAUUUAAUAGUCUUAAAGCUCUCUGGGUCAAAGGUCAGCAUUCAACCACUGGAAAAGACUUGGUUCUUGGCGUUGUUGCAGGUGUAGUGAAUGUACUCCUGACCACUCCUCUUUGGGUAGUGAACACACGCCUGAAGCUGCAGGGAGCAAAAUUUAGAAAUGAAGACAUUGUACCAACCAAUUACAAAGGCAUAAUAGAUGCCUUUCAUCAGAUAAUACGAGAUGAAGGAGUCUUAGCUUUAUGGAAUGGUACUUUCCCCUCCCUGCUGCUGGUCUUCAAUCCUGCCAUACAAUUCAUGUUUUAUGAAGGCUUUAAACGGAAGCUUUUGAAAAAGCAGCUGCAACUCACAUCUCUGGAUGCUUUUGUCAUUGGUGCAAUAGCCAAAGCAGUUGCCACCACCCUCACUUACCCUCUGCAGACAGUACAGUCAAUUCUGCGGUUUGGACGCCACAGGUUGAACCCAGAGAACCGAACACUAGGCAGUCUUAGAAAUGUUCUUUACCUUCUUCAGCAGAGAGUGAGGCGUUUUGGAUUAAUGGGACUCUACAAAGGCCUGGAAGCAAAGCUCCUGCAGACAGUCCUCACUGCUGCUCUUAUGUUUCUAGUGUACGAGAAACUGACUGCUGCAACCUUCACAGUCAUGGGAUUAAAGCAUUCACGCAGACAUUGAAAAAGGAACCUAUGCCAAAGAUUAUGGGGUCUAGAAAACACAUUCGGUUUCAGAGACUGGGCUGGGUAACAAAGGGUCUUCACUUUGUUUAUUUUGUCUUUCUUCUUGGCCUCCAUUAUUUGGGAUACACUCUAUAGGACCUGUUGCCAUGAAUUCAGGGACAGCCCGUUCCCUACUCUUCUGUGGACUCACUGUGUUAAGAAACUAAGCGGAGACCUUAUUUAAGCACUUGAUAUAAAAUUUUGACUACUAUGUGAUUUGGUUGACAUUCUUGCCAAGAAUGUCUAUCUCUCACUGUGCUUUCUUGUUUUCCCUUAAAUCAUUGCCAACUAUUCUUCUAUCUUUACCUUCCAUCAGCAGCUGGUGGGGCUAGUUUCACAUUGUUUUUCUUGAGCUGUGUUUAUGUCACUUUAUACUUGUUUCAUUAAAAUAACUC